UAUCUUGUUGCAACAUUACAUAGAAGAAGAGAGACUUGUUUUUCUUACAGUUAUAUCCUCUCUUACAUCAGGAGGUACUCAAGGAUAAAAUGAUGAAGCUAAAGUCAGGUGUGUGCGCUCUAAUGGCGGUAUUUUUGCUGUCUGUUUAUAUUGCAGAGGUGAAUUGCGUCUCCUGCGUCAGAUCUAUCGACAACAACAAAGUGCGGAAUGAAGCAGGGCCCCUUAUUGGAGGGGUAUCCAAGGUGAAAUAUGCCACUUCAGAAGUGCAGAGGAUCUGUAAUGAGAUGAAGCCAUAUGUAGAAAGACGUGUCGGAAAGAAGUUUGAUGAUUUCACCGCCAAAUGUUUCAGCACACAGGUUGUGGCAGGAACCAACUAUUUUAUCAAGGUCCACGUUGGAAAGAAGGAAUUCAUCCAUCUGAGAGUCUAUAAAUCUCUCCCUUACAGUGGAGAACAACUAGAGCUGAGUGGAAUUCAGACCUCUAAAGUGCGCCAUGACCCCAUUGAAUACUUCUAAACGAACACAAAUCAUUCUCUCUCUCAUCCAAACAAUUAGCUGCCAUACCUUUUGCAAAAUAGUCACUCUGUUAAUAUUACAACACUUUUUUGUUAUUCAAAUAUAUAUCCAAUCUAUAUUAAAGUGAACCCAAUAUUCAGCCAUUUCAGUGCCUGCAUAUUACUUUCCUGUACCAUAAAUAUAUUAUGGUGAAUAACUGCUCAUAUAUUUUCCAAAUCUGUUUUAUAUUGGAACUUCUUUAUAUUAGAAAAUGCUUCUUUUAUAAUAAAG